AAAAUAUUUUUUCUCCGGUGUCAAAAUGGCGAUGAAACUAGUGUAGUUUUGUGUCAAACUUGGUGUGUUUAAGUGAAGUUUUUGUCUUCCUGUGCCUUCGUACCGUCCUGUUGAGUGUUUUCACGUGCUGUCUUUUUCUUUAUCUUUGUAAAAUGGACGUAAGCUCUAUGGUAAACGGUCAAACAGAACCAAUAAAACUGUUUGUUGGUCAAGUACCCCGAAAUUGGGAAGUUGAACAAUUAAGACCGAUAUUUGAACCUUAUGGGGAAAUACAAGAUUUGUCAAUCUUGAAAGAUCGAGUAACUGGUCAGCAUAAAGGUUGUGCAUUUGUAACGUUUCGUGACCCAACAUCAGCAUUGAAAGCUCAGGAUGAUCUUCAUGACAAGCAAACAUUACCUGGGAUGGGUCAUACCAUGCAAGUAAAACCAGCUGACAAGGACAAGAAAAAAGAUGAACGCAAACUUUUUGUUGGUAUGAUCUCAAAGACAACAACAGAAGAUGAUCUUCGUCUAAUGUUUGCCCCAUUUGGUACAAUUGAAAGUGUCACAGUCCUUCGUGAUGCAGACAAACGCAGUAAAGGAUGUGCAUUUCUAAUGUUUGAAAAUAAAAUGCAAGCACAGAAAGCUAUAGAUGUCAUGCACAAUAGCCGUACUAUGGAGGGUUGUUCAUCUCCAAUAGUGGUAAAAUAUGCAGACACAGAAAAAGAUAAACUUCUUAAGAGAGUGAAUGCAAUGGCUACUAUUCAUGGUUUAAAUGCUGCUUACUAUCAACAGGUUCAGCAAUUGGCUUCAGUUGGUGCAUUACAAGGAGCAUUUCAGACUGGUUUAGUUGGGGGUUUACCAGGAUUACCAGGAACAGCUGGUCUAAUUCCUGGUGCAUUUGGUUCAUUGGUUGCUGCAGCAGUUGCAAGCCAACAACAACAGCAGCAGCAACAACAGCAACAACAGAACCAGGUUCAACAACAGAGUAAUCAAAUGCUGAGUCCUGCAAGUCUGAGUUCAACAGCUUCGGCCAUGAGUUAUACACCAACUAGCAAUGUAGCCUCGACCGCCAAUGUUAACCCUCUCAUGAGUGGAUUAGCAAGUUAUGGUGCAUUAAACCCAUUGGGAUUCCCCAACAUGCAAAAUAUUGGCAUUGGUGGAGUCAAUCCAAUGGCAUCACUUGCAACCAACCCUGGAUCUUUGGGAGCUAUGGGGACAAUGCAAAACGCUAUGGCUGGUGUGUCUGCUGCUGAUCCCUUGGCUCAGACAUACUCUGGCAUAUCCCCUUAUACAGCAAAUUUCAGUAAUCCUUAUAAUUCUUUCAUGUUACAAUCACCCACAAGGCAACAGCAAAAAGAAGGACCUGAGGGUGCAAACUUGUUUAUCUACCAUCUUCCAAAGGAAUUUCAAGAUGCUGAUUUGUUUGCAACAUUUAGUCCAUUUGGAACAGUUGUCAGUGCUAAAGUUUUCAUUGAUAAAAUUUCUGGCAUGAGCAAAUGUUUUGGCUUUGUAAGCUAUGACAGUCCCGCCUCAGCUUCAAUGGCCAUACAAGCAAUGAAUGGUUUCCAGAUUGGAGACAAAAGACUCAAAGUUCAACAAAAACGACCAAAAGACGCCAACCGCCCUUACUAAAACAUAACCAAGUACCAAAGAGCUGAUUUUGACGCGUUGUAUCCAGUGUGUUGCUGAUGUGAUGUUAGUAAAUGUUAUCAUUGACUUUGUCUUUAUAUUUGACUGCAGUAUAUUAUCUUAAUUGUAUUGUUUAUUAGACGCUAUUGACAGUAACUGUUUCCAUAGUAUGUAAUAACGAAACAAUGACUGUAAGUUAUUUGUAUUUAUUACAUGUGUUGUUCUGUCA